AUGAAACUCGGCGUUCUCCUAGGAGGCAUACUAGCCUGCCUCUCGGCAGCCGAGGCCGCCAAACAGCCCAACAUCCUCUUCAUUCUCACAGAUGACCAGGGAAAGUACAUCGGGGGGUUAGAGCAUAUGCCUAAACUCCAGCAAACCCUCAUCCAAAAAGGCACCACCUACACAAAACACUACUGCUCAAUCGCCCUCUGCUGCCCCUCCCGAGCAAACCUCUGGACCGGCCGCAUGCCACACAACACGAACAUCACCGACGUCGGGCUCCCCUACGGCGGGUACCCGAAGAUCGUGUCCGCCGGCUGGAACGACAACUACCUGCCGCUGUGGAUGCAAGACGCCGGCUACGACACCUACUACGUCGGCAAGCUGUGGAACUCGCACACCGAGCAGAACUAUAACGACCCGUACGCGCGCGGGUUCAACGGGUCGGAGUUCCUACUCGAUCCGUGGACGUACAGGUACUAUCAUGCCAGGAUGACGAGGAAUGGGGAACCCCCGGUGAGGUAUGAUGGGGAGUAUUCGACGGAUGUGAUUCGGGAGAAGGCGCUUGGGUUUUUGGAUGAUGCGUUGAGACAGAAAGAAGGUGAUGGGCAGGGGAGGCCGUUUAUGUUGACGGUUGCGCCGAACGCGCCGCAUUCGAAUGGGAGUCAUGAUCCCGGGCGAGGGACGACGUGGUUUGGCGAGCCGGAGUAUGCGCCGCGGCAUGCGGGCUUGUUUAAGGACUAUAAGAUCCCUCGCGAUGAUAGCUUUAAUAAGGUGAUUCAGGGCGCGGUGGGCUGGACGGCGCAGUUGUCGGAGUUGAGCCAGAAGGAGGUCGAUUAUAUCGAUGAGUUUCAGCGGUGUCGGUUGCGGGCGCUGCAGGCUGUCGAUGAGCUGAUUGCGGAGUUGGUCGAGAAGUUGGAGAGGAAGGGGGAGCUGGAGAAUACGUACAUCUUCUUCUCGACGGAUAAUGGGUAUCACAUUGGACAGCAUGCGAUGCAGCCGGGGAAGAACUGCGGAUAUGAAACGGAUAUCAACGUCCCUCUGAUCGUGCGCGGUCCUGGGAUUCCUGAAAACGCUACCCUAGAUGCAGUGACCAGCCAUACUGACCUGGCGCCUACGUUCCUAUCAAUCGCGGGCGCUUCGAGACCAGGUCUGGAUGGGAAGCGCAUCCCGACGACUGUCGACGCUGGCAAGGCAGACAACAGGACUGAGCAUGUUGCCAUUGAAUACUGGGGACGGGCCAUCCCCGAAGGAAUCUACGGCCACUAUAGCGACAAAGGCGAACAGCCGGGCAACGGAUAUCGCAACAACACAUACAAGGCCGUGCGGCUCGUGUCUGAAGAAUACAGCGUCUACUACGCGGUUUGGUGCACGAACGAGCAGGAAUUCUACGACUUGAAGAACGACCCCCACCAAACAACCAACCUCGCCUCCUCAAACACCAACACAAGCUCCAAUUCCACCGCACCAUCUAUCGCCUCCCGUCCCCUCCCUCAGAUCCUCGCCCGUCUCGACGCCCUCAUGCUCGUCCUCAAGUCCUGCUCCGAGGACUCCUGCCGGUACCCCUGGCGCCAUCUGCACCCGGCAGGAAAGGUGAAUAGUUUGGCAGAUGCGCUGGACAAGGGGUUCGAUGGGUUCUAUGCCAAUCAACCGAAGGUGGCGUUUUCGGAGUGUAAUCUGGGAUAUCAUACGUGGGCGGAGGGACCGCAGGAGUUUAAUGUUUUUGGACAGGGUGGAGGUGCAAGUGAGAAGAGAUGGUGGGGUGGGUUUGGGGGUGGGUGGUUUUGA